AGAUCUGUCUGAAACAGUGAGGGGAUUCCUAGGUUUCAGAGCAAAGUAAUGUCUCCACUCAAGUACUUGUGUUUUAGAAAGGUACUCUUGUUGUUGCUCUAUUCCAGUCUCUUCCUUUUCUCUUCUUCUUCUUUCUUUGCCUCGUCAGUUGAUGAUCAUGAGCUACAACGAAUAGAUCCUCAUUUUCGAGUGAGAAGAUUGUUGGUGAAAGAUCUGGAUUCAACUGGUGAUGAUGAUGAAACCAAUCUUCCUCCUCCUCCUAAGAAGAAGAAGCUUAUUACUGGCUCUGUUUCAUCAUCAUCAUCAUCUGGUACUAAGAAGAAUCAAACCAAGCUCAUUAAACCAAUCUCUUCUUCUUCCACCAAGAACCAAACUAAACUCGCCAAGACCUCCAUGGGUACAUCUCACAAACUUAACUCCACCAAAUCUUCUUCUAACACAACCAAGACCAGCUCCGAGCUCAAGAAGCUCAAUUCCGGAACAAAACCCACAAAUUCCACAAAACCCAUUACUUCUACAAUCAAGAAAUCAGCAGAUCUGUCCAAAUCAAGCUCACCCAAAAACAAAACCAUCACAAAAUCCAAACUUUCUUCCCCUCCUCCUUCAGAGAAGAAAUCACUAUCCUCAAAACCAGUGACCACCAAAUCGAAACAACCGGAGAAAGAAAUCAAACCAUUCUGGCUCGACGACGAGGAAGACGAAGAUUUCGUAAGCGAAUUCAGAGAUCUACCAACUAAAUUCCAAAGAUCCCUAAUCCCAGACCUAGAACGAAUCUCAACCACAUCCAAAAACUACAUCAACAAAGCCAACAAAGAGAUCACCAAAAACUUCAAACCCUAUUUCGGCAACAAAUACGCACCAACCAUAGCUUCCGUUGUCUCUUUCGUCUUCAUCCUCGUCCCUCUACUCUUAGUCUCCCUCAUUUUCAACAGAUUCAAAGCUUAUUUCUCCCUCCAGAAAAUCCUAAUCUUCAUCCAAAUCUACCUCUCGAUCUACUUCUCAAUCCUUUGCCUCUCAUCGCUCGUCACAGGAAUCGAACCACUCAAGUUCCUCUACGCAACAUCGAGCUCAACAUACGUUUGCUUGCAGAUCCUGCAAACCCUAGGCUACGUCUUCUACCUCUUGCUUCUUCUCAUGUACCUCGUUCUCGUCUUCUCUACGGAUUGUGGUUUGGGCCUUAAAGUAUUGGGCUUGGCGCAGACCUUCGUGGGCUUUGCUGUGGGUUUGCAUUAUUACGUGGCGGUGUUUCAUAGGGUGGUGCUUCGUCAGCCUCCGAAGACGAACUGGAAGAUACACGGUGUUUAUGCCACGUGUUUUCUUCUGAUUUGUCUGUUAUCUAAUGCUGAGAGGAGGAAGAAAGAGUACUUGGAAGAAAGCGGUGAGGAAGGGAAGAAAAAUUGAAUUUUUCUUUAUUUUUCUCUGUCUUUGUAUUUUUAUAUUUUAAUUUUGAUAAUUCGGCAAAAUUUAGCUGAGAAAUGCAAUAGAAGAACAAUUACUGGUGGAUGGUUGGAAACUUUUUUUUUUUUAUAUACUUCAAUCUUCAAUUGUAUUUAUAAUAAAUCGAUAAAUGUGGAAUAAAAUUUCAUAAUCUCA